AUGGAAGCGAUUGCUGUGUUCGGCGGCUUGUAUGCUGUGAUUGGUGACUUUAACUGCACUCAGGACGAAGGCACUGUCGCCACCAUCCUGAGUCGUGGUGCUGCCCGUGCUGCUGACGAGGCUUGUGAUGGCCCUCCGGACAACACAAAUCCCCGGAACACGCGCCGCAUCGAUUAUGCCAUCACACAUCCGGACAUGGUGGCUACGCAGGUCUACACUUUUCGAAGCCCCGGUGUCUUGGACCAUGGCCUUGUGCGUGUGGACUUUGCAGGCGACAGUUUUCAGCCCGCCUGGAGUAAGCCCCGGUUCUCCGAAUUCGUGGGCCCCUGCCCGGAUGAGCCCGCCUCUGUGGACUUCCCGAGCUCGCGGCUGGCCUCCUUGCUUUCGCAGGCUCAAAUGGAUGAGGCAUGGUCUUUGCUGUCUGAUUGGGCCGAGACUUACCUUGGUUCUCAAUCCGGCCAAGCCUCGCGGCCAACCUUGGCAGCCGGAGCCGCGGGAUUUACCGUGUGGUGCGCCCUCCUGCGCUGCGUUCCCUUCGCCGCAAGCCGCCGUGUGAUUCCUACGCUUCCUCUGUUGGAUUUGGACUCUCCGGUACAGGCCCUCAAUCUUGUGAACAAUUUGCUCGUUGAGCAACACAGCGCGCAUCGCGCCACUUGCUUGCAAAAGUGGCGUGUUAAAACUGCGGAGUCGGUCCAUGGGGCCGUAAACUGGAUCAAGCGGCGGGCCGAGUAUGACCUCGCCAAGGAGCAAGGCGAGAUAUGGUCCAGGCGUUGGCAGACCCCCGCCACUGAGGUGGAGAUGGACUUGACCCCCGCCGUGCAGGAACCCAAGGGCGCAAUGUCCAAAAUGCGCUCCAAGGCACCGGGAGCGGACGCCUGGCAAGCCGGCAUGUUCCUCGCCCUGCCCAUGUGCUGGUGGGAAGUAACCCAAACUCUCAGGGCCACAGUUGUCAAGGACGGUCAGGUGCCGAGUUUGUGGCAACGCUCGCUUAUCGUACUGCUGUCAAAAAGCAAUAAUGCCACACGUCCGGUGGCACUGUUACCGAUGGCCUGGCGAGCAGGCUCUCGCGUGAUAGCCAAACGGCUGAAGCCUUGGGUGGUCCGUUGGAAUGGCCCUCGCGCCUGCGGAGCGGCCCCGGGUAAGAGCGUGGCGGACGUCCACACCCGCAUCCUGCAAGCCUGGACUUUGGGCACCCGCUUUUAUGCACAGCAGUUUCACCUCUUUAUAAUCGAAAACCACACCACUUCACCCUUGCGGCCGGCCCAUGUUGGACUGCUGCAAGGCUGCCCGUUGAGUCCGGUACUUAGUCUUUGCGUGGGGCACCUUUGGACGGAGUAUGUAUCCUCCCGUCAUGUCGAAACCGGCAUUUUCAUUGACGACCGUGUGUUAUGGCUCCCUGCUGGCAGUCCUACCACAGCCCAAGAAGCCCAGCGUGCUUUACAACGGAGUGACAGCUUCGACCAGGCGGCAGGGCUUACCUGCUCUAGAAGCAAGUGCCACCUUGUUACCGAUGACUCGACCAGUCCCUGGACCGACUUGGCGCACCAGCGUGGCUACACCAUCGUGCCGACCCUCAGGUUCCUCGGCAUUGAGCUGUCCUUGGCAACAGGCUGUGCGAACCCUCUGAAGCUGAACUUGCGCAAGCUUCGGGCUAGGCUGCGCCAUGCGACGAACCCUGCUUUUAGUAUGGCCGUCCGAAACCGGGUCAUCCGCUCGUUGAUCUUUCCAGCCCUUUUCUGGACUGCCGGGGUUGCACUUCCUUCUCAGGAGGAGUUGGCAAGCAUCCAGGGCAGUGUGGCUGCAUCUCUGAAGGGGACUUUAACCUUUGAGGCCCCUCGAAUCCUCGUCGGCCAGGUUUUAGGCUGGAGCCUUGAUGCGCGUUGGAUGGCUGAUUGGUCGUCGUUGUCGGCCCUUGCGCGUACUUUGCUGAGGCCGCCUGAGUGGUCCGACGACGUCACAUUGGACACACUGGCUGCUACUCGGACCUCUGGUUACCCUGCGGCUUUGUGGCUUACGGAGGCGUACAAGCUCACGUCUACGCACGCAUGUGGACGAGUGCAGAAGCGCCAACAUCGCCAGGACCCUGGUUUAGCGGUUGGUUUAGACCUCCCCCCCCUCAAGAUGCGAUUUGCUUUCAUGGGCCAUGGGCGUGUCUAUCACAAGGCGACCUCCUUGACGGAGCCACGAGCUUGCCUGAUGACGGGUGGCACGGCGUGGUAUUGCAACGUGGGACGUCCUCAGGCCAGUCCCACGAACAUGUGCGGGCGACAUUGGCCGUCCCGCGUGCGUUUGCUGUGGAGCUGCCCUGAGCUUGCAGCGGAACGAGCUCCCCUGCCCGCUCCUCGUAACCGGGUGGAGGAGCCAGCCUAUCUCGGAGCAUCCGGCUGCUCCGAGGGAAGAUGA